AUGGCAGAGUCAUUUCAAGUUGCCACUUCUUCUCUAUGUAAUCUCAAUGGUUCUCACCGUAGGCCAAUUCCUCUUUCUCGCUUCAUGGCUUCAGGACCUGGUUUUCGCUCUCACCACUCCCUCUAUUUCACUCGCUCUUCCUCUUCGCACUUCUUUGGGACUAAUGUCAAUUCCAUUUCUUUCGCUUCACCUCGAGUUGCUCGAACAAGGAGAAGUUUUUCGGUUUUUGCCAUGUCCACCGAGGAUUCGAAGCGGGCUGUCCCGUUGAAGGAUUAUCGCAACAUUGGCAUCAUGGCUCACAUAGACGCUGGAAAGACAACUACAACCGAAAGAAUUCUCUUCUAUACCGGAAGAAACUACAAAAUUGGAGAGGUGCACGAGGGGACAGCAACAAUGGACUGGAUGGAACAGGAACAAGAAAGAGGGAUUACAAUUACUUCUGCUGCAACCACCACGUUUUGGGAUAAGCACAGGAUCAAUAUCAUUGAUACUCCAGGUCAUGUCGACUUCACCUUAGAAGUGGAGCGUGCUCUUAGGGUGUUGGAUGGAGCUAUAUGCUUGUUUGACAGUGUUGCUGGUGUGGAACCACAAUCAGAAACUGUGUGGAGGCAAGCGGAUAGAUACGGGGUCCCUCGGAUUUGUUUUGUCAAUAAAAUGGACCGACUUGGAGCAAAUUUUUUCCGAACAAGAGACAUGAUAGUGACAAAUUUAGGUGCCAAACCACUUGUACUUCAACUGCCGAUUGGGGCAGAGGAUAGCUUUAAGGGAGUUAUUGAUAUUGUUAGGAUGAAAGCUAUAGUUUGGGGUGGAGAAGAGCUUGGUGCAAGGUUUUCUUAUGAAGAUAUACCUGAAGAUCUCCUAGAGCAAGCUCAGGAUUACAGAUCACAGAUGUUAGAAUCCGUAGUUGAGUUAGAUGACGAGGUCAUGGAGAACUACCUAGAAGGAGUUGAGCCAGAUGAACAAACUAUAAAAAGAUUAAUUAGAAAGGGGUCCAUAGCAGCCACUUUUGUGCCAGUGUUGUGUGGAUCAGCUUUCAAAAACAAGGGAGUCCAACCGUUGCUGGAUGCUGUAGUGGACUAUCUACCAUCACCACUUGAUGUGCCACCAAUGAAUGGCACUGACCCUGAUAACCCGGAAAUAACAAUAGAAAGGAUAGCAAGUGAUGAUGAAGCAUUUUCUGGAUUGGCUUUUAAGAUCAUGAGUGAUUCAUUUGUAGGCUCCCUUACGUUUGUCAGGGUGUAUUCUGGAAAACUAACCGCAGGGUCUUAUGUGCUCAAUUCAAACAAAGGGAAAAGGGAAAGAAUUGGUAGACUUCUAGAAAUGCAUGCUAACAGCAGAGAAGAUGUCAAAGUAGCUUUAACAGGGGAUAUUGUUGCUCUUGCUGGUUUAAAAGACACUGUAACAGGUGAAACUUUGUGUGACCCUGAGAGUCCGGUCGUGCUUGAGCGGAUGGACUUCCCUGAUCCUGUGAUUAAGAUUGCAAUUGAACCCAAAACUAAAGCUGACAUUGAGAAGAUGGCAACUGGUUUAGUCAAGCUUGCACAGGAAGACCCUUCUUUCCACUUCUCUCGUGAUGAAGAGAUAAAUCAGACUGUCAUUGAAGGAAUGGGAGAAUUGCAUCUUGAAAUCAUUGUCGAUCGUCUUAAAAGAGAAUAUAAGGUAGAAGCUAAUGUCGGAGCUCCCCAAGUAAACUACAGGGAAAGCAUUUCCAAAGUCUCAGAAGUUAGGUAUGUGCACAAGAAACAAUCAGGCGGACAAGGUCAGUUUGCAGAUAUAACCGUACGGUUUGAACCCUUGGACCCAGGGAGUGGAUAUGAAUUCAAGAGUGAAAUCAAAGGAGGUGCAGUUCCAAAAGAAUACAUUCCUGGGGUGGUUAAAGGAUUGGAAGAGUGUAUGAGCAAUGGCGUUCUAGCCGGCUUUCCUGUUGUCGAUGUACGCGCAGUACUUGUGGAUGGUACUUACCAUGAUGUGGAUUCAAGUGUAUUGGCUUUCCAGUUGGCAGCGAGAGGAGCUUUUCGAGAAGGAAUAAGAAAAGCUGGACCAAGAAUGCUUGAACCUGUAAUGAAAGUUGAAGUUGUUACUCCUGAAGAACAUUUAGGAGAUGUAAUUGGUGAUCUCAACUCAAGAAGAGGUCAAAUCAACACUUUUGGUGACAAACCAGGUGGACUUAAGGUGGUUGAUUCACUAGUACCUCUUGCUGAGAUGUUUCAGUAUGUCAGCACGCUUAGAGGGAUGACAAAGGGUCGUGCAUCCUAUUCAAUGCAAUUAGCCAUGUUUGAUGUGGUACCUCAACACAUUCAGAAUCAACUUGCAACAAAAGGGCAAGAAGUUGCUGCUUAA